GUACUCUUACACUCUCUUCAGAUAUAACCGUUGUUACUAAAGACGUCAAAAUGCCUUUCAACACCGAGCUUACCAGGGCCCUCGGCAUCAGAGUGCCUGUCGUCCAGGGUGGCAUGCAAUGGGUGGGCUACGCUGAGCUUGCUUCCGCUGUUAGCAACGCUGGAGGUCUUGGAAUAUUGACCGCCCUUACUCAACCGACGCCUGAAGACCUCCGGAAAGAGAUUCGACGAUGCCGUACCAUGACGAACAAGCCCUUUGGCGUCAACCUGACUCUUUUGCCCGCCAUGGUGCCCCCGGACUAUGCGGCGUACGCGCGCGUCAUUAUCGAGGAGAAGGUUAACAUCGUCGAAACAGCGGGAAACAGCCCGGGACCAGUCAUCAAACAACUGAAGGCUGUCGGUACAAUUAUCCUGCACAAAUGCACAACCAUCAGACACGCGCAGUCAGCUGUGAAGCUUGGUGUUGACUUUUUGUCCAUUGACGGCUUUGAAUGCGCCGGACAUGUUGGUGAGACGGAUAUCACCAACUUCAUUCUGCUCAGCAAGGCCCGGCAAACGCUUGGUGUCCCUUUUAUCGCUUCAGGAGGCUUUGCCGAUGGUCAGGGUUUGGCUGCUGCGCUUGCUCUUGGAGCCUGCGGUAUCAACAUGGGAACCAGGUUCAUGUGCACAGUCGAGGCGCCCAUCCACAACAACAUCAAGCAAGCCAUAGUUGACGCGCAAGAAACCGACACAACGCUCGUGCUUAGACGAUGGAAGAACACGUCGCGUCUUUUCGCCAACAAGGUUGCGCUUAAAGCUGUCGAGGUCGAGAAGACCAGUACAACAGGCAAAUUUGAAGAGGUAGCCGAGUACGUCAGCGGCAAGCGGGGCCGACAGGUGUUCCAGAACGGUGACCCAGAUUUUGGAGUCUGGACUGCUGGUCAAGUCAUCGGACUAAUCCACGAUAUUCCCACCAACGAAGAGCUCCUCAAGCGCAUCGAACGCGAGGCUUUCGAGACAAUGAAGCAAUCGCAGUCGCUUUACGUUAGCGAGGGCGAGCAGCCGGUUGCUGAGGGAGCUACAAUUGAUAAGAAGUCAAACAACCCGCAAGCUGAGGUCUGGGGCAUUGGCAAGAGUAAGCUAUAGACUUGGGUGCAUUAUAGACCAUUUGCAUAGAAUCAAGGCUGUACAUUUUGGA